AUGGCGGCGAUCCGUUCGGGCCUCGUCGACAUCUUCAUUCAAGGCCAAUGGCAUCGCGUGCUGGCGACACUCGAUCCGACGGCCAUCACACUUCAGACAAUGGAGCAAAAUGAGAUGGAAUCCGAGAAGCGCACGGUGCGCGUCGUCAAAUACGACGGCAACGGCCUCGGCAUUUCCAUCAAAGGCGGCCGCGACAAUAAUAUGCCGAUUAUUAUAAGCAAAAUCUUCAAAGGAAUGGCCGCCGAUCAGACCGGCGAGCUGUUCGUCGGCGACGUCAUCGUGUCGGUCAACGGCGAGCCGCUUCUCGACGCCUCGCACGACGAGGCGGUGCGCGCGUUGAAGCGCGCCGGACGCGUCGUCGACCUUCAGGUGCAGUAUCGACGCGAGGAGUUGAUGCAUCGCGAGAAUAUCGUCGAGAACGUCGAAUGGGAUGAUGAUGUGCGCGAGCGGGUUCGGACCAUCGGACUCAAGUUGGCCUAUGUGGCGAGGGCUGGUAUCGACGCCGACGCCGAGGGACGAAUUCUCGAGAUGCGCAGCCCGUCGGGACGGUACUCGCUGGCGAUUCGUUGCGCGAGCGCCGAAGAAGCCGACAGCUGGUUCGAGGCGCUUCACGCGUGCACCACGUGCCUUCUGACGCAAGCGUUGGCGCAAGUCAACAUAAUGCUCGGCGGCAAUCCGCAAGUGCGCCACAUGGGAUGGAUCGCCGAGCAGGUCGCCGAGGACGGCAUCACAAUGUGGAAGCCGAAAUUCAUGACGCUGACGUGCAGCGAGAUUCUGUUCUAUGAAGCGGUGCCGCAAUUGAAGGCCGAAUGGGCCGAGCCGAGAUUGGCGCGGCCGUUGGUGGCGACGAGGGUGGUGCAGACGAGCUCGCGAUCGGCGCCCGUUAUUAAAGGUCUGACCGACGUGAUCUCGUUCCGAAUGCGAACCGGCACCCAGCAAGGAGUUCGCACACACACGAUUCGCGUCGAGACGCACGCGGAGCUCGCGCGUUGGGUUCGCGCCAUCGUCAUCGGCGGCUACGAGGCGUGUCUGCAGACGUCGCAGGUGUCGGCGCCGUGCGUGUGGCGCGGCGAGACGUGCGAGCUCGUCGUCAAUCUCGACAACGGCAUCUCGCUGCUGUCGGCCGCCGGAGAGGUGUUGUGGCAGCAUCCGUUUGAGACGAUUCGAGCCACCGGCGACGACGGCGGCAGAUUCCUCUGGAUCGACUUCGGACCGCCGCACGGCGAACAGGAGCUCGAUUUGCUGAACUCGGCGAAGCCCGUCGUGUUCAUUCUGCACUCGUUCCUCGCCACCAAAGUCUAUCGAUUGGGUUUAUACGCAUAA